AAUGGCGUCGAUGGUCCCGGCGGAGUGGAUAACGAACUGGGAGAAAUCAGGAAAAACCGAAUUUCUGAAAUUAUGCCGUAUGCUUAGUGAAAAUAAAGGCCAUGGAAAUAAGGUUUUCAGAGAUAUUCAGCAGGCUUUCUAUGAGCUCUCUUAUCAUGUCAUCCAAGGAAAGCUAAAGCAUGACCAAGCAUCCAAUGUUCUCAGCGAUAUUAUUGAAUUUCGUGAUGAUGUGCCCUCAAUUCUAGCUGAUGUGUUCUGCAUAUUAGAUAUCGAAACAAGUUGUUUAGAAGAAAAAAGUAAGAGAGAGCAUUUCAUACAAUUGGUAUUAGCAUGUUUGUAUUUUGUUUCAGAAAAGAUCUUGAAGGAACGUUUGGAACCAGAAACAUUGGAAUCAUUAGGCCUUAUUAAACAAUCCCAGCAAUUUAACCAAAAAUCUGUUAAAAUCAAGACAAAACUCUUUUAUAAGCAACAAAAAUUCAACUUGUUAAGAGAAGAGAAUGAAGGCUAUGCAAAAUUGAUUGCUGAAUUAGGUCAAGAUUUAUCUGGAAGUAUUACUAGUGAUUUAAUUUUGCAAAAUAUAAAAUCUUUAAUAGGAUGCUUUAAUUUGGACCCCAAUAGAGUUUUGGAUAUCAUCUUAGAAGUUUAUGAAUGCAGGCCAGAACAUGAUGAAUUCUUUGUGUCUUUAAUCCAAUCCUACACCUGUUUGUGUGAACCUGAAACACUCUGUCAUAUUCUUGGGUUCAGAUUCAAGUUUUACCAGGAUCCAAAUGGAGAGACUCCAUCAUCUUUAUAUAGAGUUGUAGCAGUACUGCUGCAACAUAAUCUUACAGAUUUGGAGGAUCUUUAUGUACAUAAAUCCUCUACGAGCAAUCCCGAGAGGGCUUUUGGUGCUCGGGACCACCUUACAUCAUCCUUUGAGAUUUCUCACUUGGGCAUUUUGUCCUCUUCUGGGGGGUAUCCAUAUAAGGUCUCUCUGGCAGCCGGCCUCCAGACUCUUUCUGGGCCUCAUGAUAAUCAGAAACUUGGUAUAUUGGAAGCAUUAUUGAAGAUUGGUGAUUGGCAACAUGCACAAAAUAUUAUGGAUCAGAUGCCUCUCUUUUAUGCUACUACUGAGAAAGCAAUAGCGUUUGCUCUUUGUCAACUUAUUCAUGUAACUAUUGAACCUUUAUAUCGAAAAUUUGGAAUACCCAUAGGUGCUAAAGGAGCACCUAUUCUUUUUUGGGAAAACAAAAGAGUACCAAAGCAAGUAGAGAAUUUUGAAGAUUUAAGAGAGGAAGUAUUCAGUAUGCUUUCACACCUUGGUCCUAACUUGUCUCAUGAUGCUGUUUUAUUUGCAAAAGUAGUACGUUUAGGAAAAGCAUUUAUGAAAGAGGAAAUUUUAUUUAGUUGUUUGCUCAGUAUUACUGACCAAGUCCUUCUACCAUCUCUUACUUUGAUGGACUGCAAUGCUUGUAUGUCUGAAGAACUUUGGGGAAUGUUCAAAACAUUUCCUUAUCAAUAUAGGUAUCGAUUAUAUGGCCAGUGGAAGAAUGAAACUUACAAUAAUCAUCCACAUUUAAUAAAAGCUAAAGCUCAAACAAUUGAUAGAGCCAAAUAUAUUAUGAAGCGUCUCACCAAGGAAAAUGUAAAGCCUUCUGGAAGACAGAUAGGGAAGCUGAGCCACAGUAACCCAACUAUUUUGUUUGAUUAUAUUUUAUCACAAAUACAAAAAUAUGAUAAUUUAAUAACACCAGUGGUAGAUUCCUUGAAAUAUCUAACAUCUUUGAAUUAUGAUGUUUUGGCAUAUUGCAUUAUUGAAGCUCUGGCUAAUCCAGAGAAGGAAAGAAUGAAACAUGAUGACACAACCAUUUCAAGCUGGCUUCAAAGUCUUGCUUGUUUCUGUGGUGCAGUUUUCCGCAAAUAUCCAAUUGAACUUGCUGGCCUUCUGCAGUAUGUGGCAAACCAGCUAAAGGCAGGAAAAAGCUUUGAUCUACUUAUAUUGAAAGAGGUAGUACAAAAAAUGGCAGGAAUAGAGAUUACAGAAGAAAUGACAGUGGAACAAUUAGAGGCUAUGACUGGUGGAGAACAGCUAAAAGCUGAGGGUGGCUACUUUGGACAGAUCAGGAACACAAAAAAAUCCUCUCAGAGGUUAAAGGAUGCACUUCUGAAUCAUGAUCUUGCACUUCCUUUAUGUUUACUUAUGGCUCAGCAGAGGAAUGGGGUAAUAUUCCAGGAAGGGGGAGAGAAACAUUUGAAGCUUGUGGGCAAGUUAUACGAUCAGUGUCAUGAUACCCUGGUACAGUUUGGUGGAUUUUUGGCAUCUAAUCUGAGUACAGAGGAUUAUAUUAAACGAGUGCCAUCAAUUGAUGUACUCUGCAAGGAAUAUCAUACACCUCAUGAUGCAGCAUUUUUUUUGUCGAGACCAAUGUAUGCACACCACAUAUCAUCAAAAUAUGAUGAACUUAAAAAAGCUGAAAAAGGAAAUAAACAGCAACACAAAGUUCAUAAAUAUAUUGCAUCCUGUGAGUUGGUGAUGGCCCCUGUACAUAAAGCUGUCAUAUCUUUACAUGUUUCUAAAGUAUGGGAUGACAUCAGUCCACAGUUCUAUGCUACUUUCUGGUCAUUAACAAUGUAUGACCUUGCAGUACCCCACAACAGCUAUGAAAGAGAAGUCCAUAAACUUAAAGUUCAGAUGAAAGCAAUUGAUGACAAUCAGGAAAUGCCUAUAAAUAAAAAGAAAAAAGAAAAAGAGCGCUGUACUGCUCUUCAGGAUAAACUUCUAGAAGAAGAAAAAAAACAGAUGGAACAUGUUCAGAGAGUUCUACAGAGACUAAAAUUGGAAAAAGAUAAUUGGCUCUUAGCUAAGUCUACCAAAAACGAGACUAUCACAAAAUUUCUACAGUUGUGUUUAUUUCCUCGGUGCAUUUUUUCUGCCAUAGAUGCUCUUUAUUGUUCUCAUUUUGUGGAGUUAGUACACCAACAGAAAACUCCUAAUUUUUCCACUCUUCUCUGUUAUGAUCGUGUUUUUUCUGAUAUAGUUUACACAGUGGCAAGUUGUACUGAGAAUGAAGCAAGUAGAUAUGGCAGAUUUUUGUGUUAUAUGCUAGCAACUGUAACUAAAUGGCAUAGUGACAGAAAAAUUUAUGAAAAGGAAUGUGGUAAUUAUCCUGGCUUCCUUACCAUAUUAAGAGCAACUGGAUUUGAUGGUGGAAACAAAGCUGAUCAGCUAGACUAUGAGAAUUUCCGACAUGUGGUACACAAAUGGCACUAUAAGCUAACAAAGGCUUCAGUACAUUGCCUUGAAACUGGAGAAUAUACCCAUAUCAGAAAUAUUUUGGUUGUCCUUACAAAAAUACUACCGUGGUAUCCAAAAGUCCUGAACCUGGGUCAUGCAUUGGAAAGACGAGUCCUUAAGAUUUGUCAAGAAGAGAAAGGAAAGAGGCCUGAUCUUUAUGCAUUGGCUAUGGGAUAUUCUGGGCAGUUGAAAAAUAGAAAACUUUCUAUGAUACCAGAAAGUGAAUUUCAUCACAAAGACCCUCCUCCAAGGAAUAUUGUUGCUGCACCCAUACAAAAUGGUGCUGGUGGUGUUGGUUUAACUACAUCCCUCUCCAUAACUGCGACUAAAGUGGAAGAAAGCAGUACUGAAGACACUGAUAAAUUAAAAGAAAAUUUUCAAUGUUCUCUGAAAGUUCUUACUAAAACAGCCAGUACAUCAUUAAAAAUGAGUCCAACUAAUGGAAACAGUGUUUUCAAUAGCAAAAUUAUCAAAGACAAUGAAAAAGAAAAAACUGGUAAAGAGAAAGAGAAAAAGGAAAAGAUUCCACCUGCUUUUGCUGAGACUAAACUACUUAGUAAAGAGAGUAAAGAAAAACCAAAAGAUGACCGGAUAAAUAAAGAUGAAAAGACAAGGGAAACAAAAGAAAAAGUACUCAGAUGUGAUAAAGAAAAAGUUAAAAAGGAAGAAAAAGCUUCUAAGGAUGACAAAUGCAAGAUGAGUGUGGUCAACAUAGAUUCAAAAUUGAUUGUAGAAAAAGAAAGAGAAAAGGAGCCAUCCAGAGAAAGAGAUGUUCCAAAGGAAAGCAAAGGCAAGGAAAGUACAAAAGGAGGAGAAAAAUCAGUUACUGGGUUCUUAAAGUCAUCUGGUCUCCGGCUGGAAAUGCCAGAAUCUGAAAAGGAACAGAAACGACGAAAACUUGAUAUUCGUUUAUCCCCAUUGCAUUCAUCCACAGUUAAGGAUAUUUGUGAAGUCAAGGAAUCCUCAACAAAGCAUUGCAUUAACCAUGCUACUCCAAUACUUCCCAAGAAUAAAGAAAAAGAAAUGGACAAGAAAGAUUUGGACAAGUCCAGGGAAAGAUCCAGAGAGAGAGAAAAGAAAGAUGACAAGGACAGGAAAGAACGGAAAAGGGAUCAUUCAAACAAUGAUCGUGAUUUCCCACAAGAGUCUACUAAAAGAAGUAAAGAAGAAAAUGGAGCAACUAGUUCUUUGAAACAUUGUACAAGUGAAAGUCCUUCUGAUUCUCCUCAUUUGAAUGAAAAAGAAAAGGAAAAAAUUAAGUCAAAAUCUUCUGGAAAAGAAAAAAGUGACUCAGUUAAAACUGAGAAGACAGAGAAGAGCAGUUCUAGUGGCAGAAAGGAAUCCAGGCAUGAUAAAGAAAAAACAGAAAAGAAGGAAAAACGGGAAACCACAAGUGGAAAAGAAGAAAAAAAACAUCAUAAAUCUUCUGAUAAACACAGAUAAAGGAGCCAUUUUUGAGGUGAAGAUUGAAAUGGAACCUGUAAAUUUUCAAGCAGAAAUACACCAUUUUCAGAUUUAAAUUUUUAUCUGAUUACAGUUUACAUUGAUUGAAUUGGUUAUUAUUUUCUGAGUUUUUUUUUUUUCUUUUUUUACUAUUUUGGUACAUUUUCUAUUAUAUUUUUGAACACCUUAUAGUAGACUGAGUAUGUUAAUGUAUUUCCAUUUUAUGUUCUCACCUAAAAAAGCCUGUCUAAUGUUAAAAAUAAAUAAAUAUCUAAGAAAGCA